GCAGCCUGACGCCAUGGCGCUGUUCCGCCGAGUCUCUCUGCCAACUUACUGGACUCCUGGGACUCGCUGGAGUUAAAGUGGACGUUUUUAGUCGAAUUUCGGAGCCUCGGAAUUUCACUUGUGUCCGGUUUUAAUGUGAGACCGAAGAUAAAGUCAGUGCUGUGUGAUUUUGGACGCGUGUGUUUGUAUGAACUGGAGUCAGGUGAACCCUGUUAGUAAACUUGGUCAAGAGCUACGUUUAGCUUUCUCUGCUAACUUUCUCUAGCGAACAGCGUGUCUAAAGUGUGGAAAGUCAGCUAUAGAGAGGACGUGUUGUCUCUGUUUUGUAUUUUGGCUAAAACCCGUUGGUGUGUGCUCGGUUUGUGUGGUUGUUUCUCUCAGGUAGGAGAUACAGUACUUUACACCUGUUCAGUUCAGCAAGUUGCUAACGCUAGCAAGCUAAGUGGCCUUUUCAAACCUGUAUAACUUUAAAGAAAGUUAACUAAAGUAAAAUAAGUUUAGUUUAGGUUUUUAAUACUUGUCUGUGUGUUUAAAAAAAAAAUUGAGGGGUGUGUAAGUUUAUCUUAGCUGAGGUUUGGGACAGUGUGUGUGUGUGGGGAGAGAGCCGCAGUGCGCUGGGAGCUUAGAGUGAAAUAAACCGUUCACGGAGAAGACGCAAGCUCGUGCACUGAGUAAUGAAGAGCGCGCGCGUUGUCCCGGCGGUUUGUGCGUGUCUGGAGAGGUAACGCGACCCCGGGUUACGUUCGCUCUCCGCUCGGACAUCAGCGCACCUUAUGGUGCCGCCGCAGGUGCCGAGUCAUGGAUGUUCCCCAGGCCGUUUUCCCGAACGGUGAGGGACGCGUAGCCGCGCGCGGAUGGCCGGAGAGCUCCACUCCCUCCUCCUCUUCGUUCUCCGUCGCCGCGGCCGGGAGCUCUUGCGCGCACUCGGCGCCGGCGCGAACGCGCUCGUUGUGGACCGCGGCGUACGACUACGAGGCGAGCGGCGAGGACGAGCUCAGCCUGCGGCGCGGCGAUGUGGUCGAGGUCCUGUCCAAAGACGCGGCCGUGUCGGGCGAUGAGGGCUGGUGGACCGGCAAGCUCAACCACCGCGUGGGAAUCUUCCCGUCCAACUACGUCACCUACAGACCGGCGGCGGUGUCCACGCCGUCAGCGUCGCAAGACCCCCUGCACAUCCCGUUCAGCGCGCUCGUGCUCGAGGAGAUCAUCGGCGUCGGCGGCUUCGGCAAAGUCUACCGCGGCACGUGGCGCGAGCAGGAGGUGGCCGUGAAGGCGGCGCGUCAGGACCCAGACGAGGACAUCACCGCCACAGCGGAGAGCGUCAAGCAGGAGGCCAAGCUGUUCGCCAUGCUGCUCCACCCCAACAUCAUCCGGCUCGAGGGUGUGUGCCUGGAGGAGCCCAACCUGUGCCUGGUGAUGGAGUACGCGCAGGGAGGCACGCUGAACCGCGCGCUCACCGGCAGGCGCAUCCCGCCGCACAUCCUGGUCAACUGGGCCGUACAGAUAGCCAAGGGCAUGCAGUACCUGCACGAGGACGCCGCCGUGCCCAUCAUCCACCGCGAUCUGAAGUCCAGCAACAUUUUAAUACUUGAACGAAUUGAAAACAAUGACAUUGGAAGAAAGACAUUGAAGAUUACCGACUUUGGCUUGGCAAGAGAGUGGCAUAAGACUACUAAAAUGAGCGCUGCCGGAACGUACUCGUGGAUGGCUCCUGAGGUCAUUAAAUCCUCCCUGUUCUCCAAAGGCAGUGAUGUAUGGAGUUAUGGAGUGCUUUUGUGGGAACUGCUGACGGGAGAGGUUCCUUACCGCGGUAUUGAUGGGUUGGCCGUUGCCUAUGGAGUGGCUGUAAACAAGUUAACCCUCCCUAUUCCAUCCACCUGCCCCGAACCUUUUGCUAAGCUUAUGGAAGACUGCUGGGAACAGGAUCCCCAUAUCCGGCCGAUGUUUGCCACCAUCCUAGAGCAGUUGACGGCCAUAGAGGAGGCCGUGAUGGCCACCAUGCCACAGGAAUCCUUCCACUCCAUGCAGGAAGACUGGAGGGUGGAGAUUCAGGAGAUGUUUGAUGAGCUGCGAACGAAGGAAAAGGAGCUGCGAUCCCGUGAGGAGGAACUGAUGCGGGCAGCACUACAACAGAAAUCACAUGAAGAAGUGCUAAAGAGGAGAGAGCAACAACUGGCUGAGAGGGAGAUCAACGUGCUUGAGCGCGAGCUUAACAUCCUCAUCUUCCAGCUUAACAAGGACAAGCCCAAUGUUAAAAAGAGGAAGGGCAAGUUUAAGCGCAGCCGUCUCAAGUUGAAGGAUGGCAACCGCAUCAGCUUGCCCUCAGAUUUUCAGCACAAGAUCACAGUGCAGGCUUCACCAUCGAUGGAGAAGAGGCGGAGUCUGAACAGCAACAGUUCCAGUCCUCCAAGCAGCCCCACACUCAUUCCCCGCCUCCGGGCCAUCCAGUUGAGCCGUUCCAGUGAUUUGACACAAAGGAACAGUAUUUAUGUAUAUCACCAAGAUGUGGAUAUCACGAACGAGUGUAAACCUCGUACAGGGAGGAAAGUAACUCUAGAUGAGAGCAACAGGACAUGGGGCAGGAGCACCAUCUACAAGCCUGAGGAGUUUGAGGAUGCAAAGAAGGGCAUAAAGAAGAAGGUUCGCACAUGGGGUCCAAGCUCCAUUCAGACCAAGGAGAGAGGAAACAGCGCUGAAAGAGUCCGGCCGCUCUCGGAUGGAAACAAUCCUUGGUCUACUACUCUGCUGAAAUCCCAGAAAUCUGUUCCACUGGCUGCAUUAUUUGCAGAACAGGGGACGGCUAAAGAUGAAACAAGCUCUCUCGAAGGUUCAGACAGCAAACCAAAGCAACUCAAGUUCCCCAAUCAGGUCUAUAUUGAUCUACCUCCGUGGAAGGACGAGCAGAGCGAGGGGCCCGGGGUAAGUGUAGGGGGUGGUGAAGAGAGCCAGGAGGAGCCUGCCACAUCGACCAGCUCAACAAGCACAACACCACAGCAUACACCCACCAACAGUCUGAAGCGUGCAGGUGGGCGGCGGCGCACAGACACCGUGCUGUACGGCUGCGCCUCUCUCCUAGCUGCUGUGGCUCUGGGUCUGGACCUGCGCGAUGCCCACAAGGCCACGCCCACUGAUGAUGUGGAACCUCGAGAAGACAAGAAGAAGCGAGAAGGCCUGUUUCAGCGUGCCACACGUUUCCGGCGUAGUUCCAGUCCACGCAGGGACGACAACCUGUUGACCAUGUCCUCAAUCACAGAGUGCAACUCCACCAAGUGUCUCAUCCACUCGGACUCUGAGGGUCCCGAGCAUAGUCCUGCAUUUGAAGCACCACUCAACGGCCCUGGAUUCUACAAUACUAACCAGAGCGGCAAAAAUGUGGGCAGAACUGAAAAUCAGGGCGCACCGGUAGUACCAGAGCAUUCCAGUUCCGGGUCCCGGCUCAGGAGGAAGAAAUCCAGGCCUGCUGUCUCUCAGAAUGCAGCUGGCUCAAACUGUUCUAUGUCUACUGUUGCUGCAGAAGUCCCUGUAAUCUCAUCCUCACAGAAGAAGAAACCUGACCAAGAGAAUAGCCAGGAAAAACGGACCACUUCAGACUCCAGGCCCAGGCCAUUGUCCCUGAGAGCUAGACCUCAUUGCUGGGGUCUUCUGAGGAGCAGAAACAAGAGCUACUCUCUGGGUCACUGCUCUGGAGAGAAAAGUGUGCAGAGUCUGGACAUCAUGUUGUCAUCUGAGGUCAAAAUGGGCUGCUCUCUUUUAGACGUGGACACUGAGGGACAGAAACGGGACUGCACCGUUCCCCUUUGCCGAAUCCAGAGCACACCAAGUCGCCCGUCUGUCUUUGAACUGGAAAAAGAGUUCUUUUCUUGAAAUGAGCUGCCUCUCUCUCUGAUCUUCUCCUCUCCUCCCAGAGCACAACACAACUUUCUGACUUGAAUCCAGUUCUAGUUAUAUGACGAAAGAGCCUUCUGUGUUUAGGACUCUCAAAAUUUUGUGGCAGUUUUGCCCAAUUUUAAGCUAUUGCUGCUGGAGUUGUCAUGUUGUCCUUUUUUUUUUUUAAUAUUUAUAUUCAGUUUAUUUUGAUAAGUAAUUUAAUUUGAACGGACAUACAAGCAAAAUGAUGAGCAUUCCGUUUUACUGAAGAAUGGCCAGUGCGUAGCUGAUUGUUUGUACACUACCACUCGUGCAUGUUCCAUAAAAAAAAAAAGUCUGCAUACUACUGUACCUUAAAAUUUUGUAGGUGGUAAUUUUUAUUUGUAUUAGAAACAAAGCUGUUUAUUCGACCUGGAUAAUCCUGGAUAUUAGAGUUUAUUUUGAAUUCAUAGACAAUGAAAAUGAAUCAGUGGAUUUUAUAUUUAUAUAUAUAUAUAUAUAUAUAUAUAUAUAUAUGUAUAUGUAUGUAUGUGUGUUUCUGUAUCUACAAACACUACUGCAGGUUUUUUGCCACCUGGUUGACCUAAAAAUAGAGCCCGACACUGACGUAUGGUACAGACGUGACCAGGCAGCGACACGGACAACUUUUAUUGAAAAUGUUAGUUCCCUGAGGAAGUUAGAAAGGUCACAUGACGUAGUGAGUUCCCCUGCUUUGCUUGCUCACUUUCUGUUUUUCUUUAUUGAAUUUGCCAACAGUAAGAUUUCCAUGGCUAACAUUUUUCACCAGUGUAACCUUGAGUAAAAUGAAGCAGUCAGUAUUACCUUCUUGUAGCGGUCUUGCAGUCCCUGGGUUCUGAUGCCACUGACUUUGCUGCUUUUGUUUGGUUGUUGCUGUUGUUUCCAGGUGACCUUUUUUUUUUUUUUUUUUUUUACACACACGUACAACAGAGUAUUGUGCGUCUCUCAUGCUUGCUAUUAUUGCACCUGGUGAAAAUAUUACUUCUGGAAGUUUACAAGCUGUUCUACAUAACACCAUUGUUAUUCAUUUAUUCACAGAACAAUCAGCUUCUGACAUUCCUCUAAAAUUAUUUUAUCAGAAUCGAAUAUGUGUUAUUGCAUUUGGUUUAUCUGAACAAGUCCUUUGGGAAUAGAAAACAGAGCUAACAAAGUGCAAUGCAUUUUUUAGGCGAACAUUAGUGUUCACUGAAAUAAAAUAAGAAAAAACUGAUAAUGACUAUAAUAAAACAUCCUGUGCCAAGUUUUUUCUCCUCUUAAAUCAAGCGUCUUGAUUACAAAUCUUACUUUUAUGUUAACUGUUAGUUGACCAAACUAUGAAGACUAAUCUCAAUAUGAUUCCACUGUUUGUGCAUAUACAAAUAUUGUUUCUGUUCAUAUUCCUUACUGCUAUUACCUUCUCUCAUUUUUCCCAACUGGCUGGUCAAUUUUAAUGUUUAUCCAAUUGCAUUAUAAGCAUCUGUCCUUUAAUAAAGAGACACAUUUUAGCUUAUUAACUUUGCGCUGCCACACACUGAUCGGCUUUUAAAAUGGUUUAAUCUGGAGAUAAGUGUAAUCUGAAUCAGUGUUUUCUCCUUUGUUGUUUUUGUAAUGCUGUGCACAAGAGCGCAAAAGAUCAUCUUAAGCUCACUUAGAAACCUGGUUACAUUUUUUUUAAAUAUAUAUUGGAGCUUAUAAAAGAAACAUUUUUAUAAUGACCUGCAAAACAUUUUAGGUAAAAACAACAAACAUCACAUUUUUGAUGCUUAAAUCUACUGAAGUAUAUGAAUUAAUAAGCAGCAUGAGAAUGACAUCAGUCACAAUGUCGGUAUGAUUUAGGUUUUGGGUUAAAACAAGAUAAUGUCACUUUUAAGAAGAAUACAUUUUAUUUUAUGAACUUACCUCACACAUUUGCGAACUUUGGACAAUAUAUUAAACAUCCAUUGUGAUUCGGAGCUUUUUUGUUUGUUUGUUUGUUUUGGUCAAAGUGUUAACAUGCCCUGUGAUGAUCUUAUGUAGCACUGUGAUUUUGAUAUAGCGAUUUUCGAUGUAAAAUGAUUAUGAUGUCUAACAGAAUACACCAGUGAGGCUGGAACUGCAGUUGCACAUUUGAUUACAUGAAAACAAAACACUGAAAUGUAUGCUUCAGGAUACUGUAAUUAUUUUUUAUUAAAAUGAAGUGAAAAAGUACCAGAUAAUGUAUUUUUUGCAAGCAGUCUUGACUACAGAUCUAAAUGAUAAACAGCAAAUGGACAGUAAAAGACACUAAAUGAUGAUUUCCACUGAAUAGACUUAUCACCAAAGUUGCCCUUUCUGUCCAGCUGUUUGGUUACUUGGUUACAAUACUUUGUUACAUGGAUCACAUGUACUGUAUAUACAUAAUUAUAAUGGCUUUCUCAGCUAUUUUAGUGUCUUUUUUUUUUUUUUUGAGCCACAUGACCAAAUUAUUGUUGAGGUGAGGCUUGGUGGUACUGUUUUAGAUGACAUCACCAGUGACUGUUGGAAAGGUUUUAUCCUGUAAUCACUACUGUACUCAAGUGACCAAUAAAUCCUUUUAUUUCUCAA